AAGUUGGCUGGUGGCGGUGAAGAUGGCGGAUGGAGACAGCGGGAGCGAGCGCGGCGGCGGCGGCAGUAGCGGUGGAGGGGGAGGAGGUGGCGGUGGUAGCGGGGGCUUCCAGCACUUCCAGCGGGAGCAGGAGACCCAGGAACUGGCGUCCAAGCGUCUCGACAUCCAAAACAAGCGCUUUUAUCUGGACGUCAAGCAGAACUCAAAGGGCAGGUUCAUCAAGAUAGCCGAGGUGGGCGCCGGGGGCUCCAAGAGCCGCCUGACUCUCUCCAUGUCGGUUGCAGCCGAGUUCCGUGACUACCUCGGUGAUUUCAUCGAGCACUACGCCCAGCUGGGGCCCAGCACCCCGGAGCAAAUCGCCCAGUCGUCCGGCGGCGACGAUAGCGGCCCGCGACGAGCGCUGAAAAGCGAGUUUCUAGUGCGGGAAAACCGCAAAUACUACCUCGACCUAAAGGAGAACCAGCGGGGGCGGUUCCUGCGGAUCCGACAGACCGUGAAUCGAGGCCCUGGCUUUGGCGUGACAGGCCCCGGCGGCGGCCUGCAGGCCGGCCAGACUAUCGCGCUGCCCGCGCAGGGCUUGAUUGAAUUUCGCGACGCCCUGGCCAAGUUAAUCGACGACUACGGCGGCGACGACGAGGAGCUGAGCGGCGGCACGUCGGCCGGGGGGUACGGUGAGCUCCCCGAGGGCACGUCCAUCAUGGUGGACUCCAAAAGGUUCUUUUUUGACGUCGGGGCCAACAAAUACGGCGUGUUCCUGCGUGUGAGCGAGGUAAAGCCGAGCUACCGGAACUCCAUCACGAUUCCUUUUAAAGCCUGGAGUAAGUUCGGCGGCGCUUUCUGCCGCUACGCCGAGGAGAUGAAGGAGAUCCAGGAGAGACAACGGGAUAAAAUGUACGAGAGGAGAGAGGAAUCAGAGGGCGAGGACGUGGAUGACGACUGAUCCCAGUCAGCUACAGAGCUCCGAUGAGAUUCUGCUCCUAGAAGUUGUUACGAGAUUGCAGAAACGACCGCGACAAAAAAGUGCAUGACGAAUCGGACUUAAAACAAUAGCCUACUAAAAUAUUGUGGCGUGAUGUUCAUUUGACAGAAAAUACUAGAUAAUAAGGUCUGUGAAGUUUAUGUGAUGAGGUUUGGGGGAUUUUGGAGAGAAACCCGUCUAAAGCCAUGGGGCGAGAAGUUGUUACAUGAUGUGAGAGGUAGGAUUUAUUACUGAAGCCGCCCCUGUCCUAAACCAGCAAGUUUAAUUGUCUUAAGUGACACUUAAACUUUUGUAAUGGCAAACACUAAUGCUGCUGAAUCUCAGAGGCAGUCAGCACACAUGAACCCAAGCAACUGAAAAGUGCACAUUGUUCAGUAUAGUUCAAAAGCAAGGUGGGAGAGUAGACUGGCGUUCACUAUAGUCUCAAUGGUGGCCAUAGACCAUAAUAUAGCCUUGACCAUAAUAUAGUCUGUGGUGGUCAUAGUCCGCACUAUAGUCUUGAUUGUGGCCAAGACCAAGAUAGUCUGUCAGAGUGGACCAGGUGAAUUUAACAAUGCUGACUUACAGGUUUGUAAGACUUACAAAGAAUGCAGAUAAGGUAUAGGCCUAAUGGAUUAUAAGCGUGUAAAAUGUAUCAAACGCAUCUAAACUUAUCAUUGACAUUGAGAUGAUGAACACUCACUGCUAACUGCAAUGAUGUGAAAACAGUUGAUGAGAGCAUUGUUUUUUCCAACUCUGGUCCAGAUCUUCAUGAGUACAUUGGGAUUAAUUUGUCAUUUCCUCCCUCUAGAUAGGACAGAACAGCUGAGGCAAUGCAACAAAACCACACUCCUUUUUUUAUUUAAAGAGCAAAAAGUGCAUAGAUGAAUGUUUUUCUUUUCUUCCCUUUUUCAUUUUUUUGUUUAGAAAAAAAUAUAAAGACAGAUUAUUCUUUAUGACAGAAUUACUGAACAAACCAGCAUAUUUUUAAUACAUAAAAUAAUAGAAGUUAUAUGUGUAUUGCAGAAUAAUUAAAGCCUAAGAGGCAAGUUUUUAAAAAAAAAAGUUAAAAUAUGGGAUUUGAAGACUGUCCAGUGUAUUUGUUUUUCAAAAAGUGUUGGAGUAUAGCGCAUAUAUGUAUGU